UUUCAAACUGUUUGUGAGUACUUUUAAAGCAUAAAGCUCCAACUUAAAGCAUAUAACAUAUAUACAUAUUUUAAUUGAAGAUAUAACAUAUAAAUAUAUACAUAUUUCAAAUGAAGGGAAAUGCAGGCGGUUCUCGAUGACAAGAUCUUAUGACCAUCUGCGAGUAUCUGCGUUCUUAUUGUAAAUCAACAAAAUUUGUUACUCUUGUUGUUUUAAAACUUCUUGUUUUCGGUUGUUGGUGCUGUCAUAUUAAAGGCGAAAUUCAGUACUUAAUUGAACCCUAUGGUCUUCCAAACUGCUAUUUUGAUUUGGAUUUGAAUACCACUGAAAAAUUUAUAACCUACAAUUGCAGUGGUGGGCUAAAGUUCUUACUUGUGAAUGGUGUAUAUGGAGAUGGAGUUUCGUUCCAAUAUGUAGCAGACAAAACCAAAUACCUUCGCCAUUAUAGUUUUGUUCUAAGACUCCAUACUUUAACUGAAGUAAUCAGCAUAUUAGGUGAUCAACAAUUUUAUAUCCAUCAAAGUUAUUACGAUUCAUAUGUUUUGUUACGAUCAACAAACUUUCCUAUUUUGUAUCUUCGGCGCAAUAAUUUACUUUUCAACAUAGAUUUUUACAACGAUCAACUCCAAUCAAUAUACAGUUUUAAACUUCUUGUUUAUGACUUGAACAUUAUAAAGAUUGAUCAAUUUUCAAGAUAUUCUGUAAUUGUUACCAUUGAUGUUAAUGCACCAAUCUUCAAUACAUCAAUUUAUUUUGUGAUCAAAAGUAAAAACCCAAAUAAUGAAACCAUGUUAUUCAAUAUUUCUGGAGGUUCGGCUCUUAUUACUUCAUUACAUAGCUACACUAUAUAUGAGUUUUCCGCAGGUCUUCUAAAUGAAUUUGGUUUCUAUGUUUAUGGAAAUUUGUCUUACUUCCAAACUAAUAAAGAAGAUCUGAAUAUUAUAUCAGUUGAAAGCAUUGACAGAUAUUCAGCAAAUGUCACUAUCAAUCCAUUCAUACCAAACUGGAAUAUAUCAACAAUAUUUGUUGUUAAGUAUACAGAUCCAACUAAUUUUAGCAUGUUGUAUAAUUUCACAAAUGGUUCAGCUGUUAUUUCUUCAUUACAAAGCUACACUGUUUACCAGUUAUCGGUAGGUGUGAAAAAUGAGUUUGGUGUUUAUGUGUUUGGGAAUGUAGUUUUCUAUCAAACAGAUAAAGAUGAUUUGAACAUUAUAUCAAUUGAAACCAUUGAUAGAUAUUCAGUAAAUGUCAUUAUCAAUCCAUUCAUACCAAUCUGGAAUAUAUCAGCAAUAUUUUUUGUUAAGUAUACAGAUCCAAAUAACUUUAGCAUGUUAUAUAGUUUCACAAAUGGUUCAGCUGUUAUUUCCUCAUUACAAAGCUACACUAUUUACCAGUUUUCGGCAGGUGUCAAAAACGAAUUUGGUGUUUAUGAGUUUGGGAAUGUAGUUUUCUAUCAAACUGAUCAAGAUAGUCUUAACAUUAUAUCAGUAGAAAGCAUUGACAGAUAUUCAGUAUAUGUCACUAUCAAUCCCGUCUUACCAAUCUGGAAUAUAUCAACAAUAUUUGUUGUUAAGUGUACAGAUCCAAAUAAUUUUAGCAUGUUAUAUAAUUUCACAAAAUUUUCAGCUGCUAUUUCCUCAUUAGAAAGCUACACUGUUUACCAGUUAUCAGCAGGUGUGAAAAAUGAGUUUGGUGUUUAUGUGUUUGGGAAUGUAGUUUUCUAUCAAACAGAUCAAGAUAUUCCAACUGGUAGUCCGAGUAAUUUAACUGUUGCAAUAAUAAGUUCUACUGCUUUGUUGUUGUCUUGGGAUAAAGUGGAAUAUUCAUUGAGGAAAGGGAUUAUAACUAUGUAUUUAUAUAUUUGUUACAGUACUGAAAAUAGUAUUUCAAACAAAGUUGGCAAUAACACUUUUAAUGUAACAGUAAAUGAUCUUGUUCCAGAUACCUACUACAACUGUUCUGUGGCAGCUUGUACCAAUAUUGGUUGUGGUAUACCAGCGAAUAAGAGUAUAAAAACAUUGGGGGGAAUUCCAACUGGUUGUCCAAGUAAUUUAACUGUUACAACAAUUAGUUCUACUGCUUUGUUGUUGUCUUGGGAUAAAGUUGAAUAUUCAUUGAGGAAAGGGGUUAUAAUAACAUAUUUAUAUACAUGCUACAGCACUGAAAAUAGUAUUUCAAGCAAUGUUGGCUAUAACACUUUUAAUGUAGCAGUAAAUGAUCUUGUUCCAGAUACCUAUUACAAUUGCUCUGUGGUAGCUUGUACCAUAAUGGGUUGUGGUCCACCAGCAAUUAGGAUAAUAAAAACAUUGGUGGGAAGUAUGUCAAGCCAAUUUUUUUUUAUAUUUAUUUUUAUGUAAACUUUUAUGUUUUAAAUUUCAAGUUAAAUAAUGAUAAUAAACAUUUUAUGUGUAAAAAUAAUUUGUAGACGUUUUUUUACGCUUUUCUUUGUGGCUUACCAAUUAAUAAUUAUUGAGUGCAACUUA